AUGAUUUUUUUAAAAUCGUUUUUGAUGUUGGGAUUUGCUAUAUUUAAUGUAUCAUCAUUCAUAAAACAUAGACCAACGUUCAGCAAUUAUAUAGGAAAUAAGACAGAUAAAUAUAAAAAAAAAAAAAGAAAGAUUUGUUCUCUCUUGAGCAAAAAUAAAGAUGAUGAAGUUGAGAGUUAUAUUCCAUAUAUUUAUAAAGAUAUAGCUCCUAGUUUAAAAGAUUUAGCUGACGAGGAAUAUUCUUAUAAAGAAUUGUUGAAUGCAUAUUUUCCGGAAACUAUUGAAAGAGAAAAGAGAAUAAAAGAAGAAAAAAAGAAAUUAAAGGAACAAAAUGGAAAAAAACAAAAUAUUUAUGAAGAUUUAGAUACUAUUUUAAACAAUACGGAAAAAGAUAUAGAAGAAAAAUUAACAGAGAAUAAUAUAGAAAAUUUUGAACAUAUAAGUAAAAUAAAAGAUGGUAAAGCAAAAAAUAAAAUUUUAGAUAAUGCUUAUGAUAUUAUUGAAAGUUCAUUAAAAAAAGUAUAUUUCAGUAAAAAGAAAGAGGAUGAUAAUAAAACAAAUUAUUUAGAAUUAGCAAAAAAGGAAAAGGAUCUAUUAUACAAUAAAUUGAUAAAUGGCUAUUCGAUGGUAAAUAAUAGUAGCACCUUUGAUUUUUUUGGUGUAUUUUAUGAUAGUGAAGAUUAUAAAAAUGAGAAAAAAAUACUUUUAGAAAUGGAUAAAAUUCUAAAUCUAGAGCCUUUUAAAAGUAAUCAAGGAGAUAUAUUACAAGAUAUUGAUUCUAUUUUAAAAAAAAAUAAAAUUCCUGCAAGUAUACGAAAUUUUCUCAUAAAAUACAAACAUAUUGGUAAAAAAAUUUAUAAUAUGAAAAAAUCUGAAAAUUAUAAAAAUAAAAUGGAGUGUCAAACAAAUGAAUUGAAUUAUGAUAAUAAUCAAACGAAUAAACAGAAAGAAAUUGAAAAAGAAAAUGGAUAUAAAUUAAGAGAAGAUAAUAAAAAAGAUAAUAGUGAAGAUAUAGAAAAAAAUGAAGAAAGUGAAGAAAAUAUAAAAAAUAAUGCAGUAGAAAGUAGCAAAAAAAUAAUUAAUAAAGAAGAAAAGGAAGAAGAAAGUAUGUAUAAAGAAUUUAGCAAGGAUCUUAACAAAGUCAUUAUGACUAUACAUAAUAAUUUAAAUAAUGAAGAACUAAUAAAAAAGGAUUGUUUUUACUUGGAUGAAUUAUAUGAAGCAUAUAAAAAACAUUUUAAACAAAUGCAUAUUAAAAGAAAUAUAUUAGAACCACAAAGAAAUAAUUAUGACUUUUUAACUUUUAUUCAUGAGCAUUUCGAAGAAUAUUUUUUUUCCAAAUAUGGAAACUUUGAUUACGAAUUUAACGAGAGAGUAAGAAAAAUAAAAAAAGCAAUUAAAGAUAAAAAAAAUAUUGAUAAUUUACAAAAUAAAGAAAGAUUUAAUAAAAAUGAAAAUUCACAAAAUGAGAAAAAUAUUAAUAAUAGUAACAGUGAUAAAAUUUUAAACAAAAUGGGUGAAAUCACUCAACACUUAGACAAUAGUAAUAGUUGCAGUAAUAAUAGUGAUGAAAAACAUAUUUAUAAUAAGAUAAAUAAUUAUAAAGAUGAUAGCAUUUUAGAAGAACUAAAAACAAAUAAGAAACUAAAAAAAUACAUAUUAAUUGAUAUAAUAAAAAAUUACAAUAAGAAAAUAUAUGAUAUUUAUAAACCAAAUGAUAUAAUAACAAAUGUAUAUGGUUUUAGUAAUUAUAUUGAUAAUGAAAAGCAUGACAAAGAAAUUGAUUUAACAUUUAAUAAACACAGUAUACUAAAUUAUGAUAGCAAAGAGGUAUCAAAUAUUGAUGAAAGAUUGUAUGUAGGAAAGUUAGUAUUUGGUAAAAUAUUCAGAGUAGAAAAAAAUAUUGCAUAUGUUGAUAUAAAUCACGCUUUUUAUGCUGAAAUACAUGUAGAUCAGAUGCCUUAUAAUAUAGACAACAUUGAGCAUGUUUUCAAAGUUAAUGAUAAGUUAAUAUUUGAAAUAUAUAAAAUGUAUACAGAUAAAAUAUUGUUAACAUUAAAAAAUAUACAAAAAAUUAAUGAUCUUAAUAAAAUAUUAUUAUAUAAAACAAAGGAAAUUCCUUUUGAUGUUCAUGUUAACUCAAUUUUAAAAAAUGGAAUAAGUGCCUCUUAUAAUGAUAUACAAACAUUUAUUCAUAUUUCUUCUAUAUCAAGUAAAUAUAAAGUUAAAGUAGAAGAUGAAGAAAAAAUAUUAGACACCUUAGUUAACCAAAAAAUAAAAGUUUAUUGUACAGAUAUUCAUAAGUUAAGUUUUUCUAAUAUACUAUAUGAACAAAAUCAACAAUUAAAAAAUAUUAAUAUAUAUGAUGCAGUUGAAGUAGAUAUUAUACAUAUUUCCAAGUAUGGAUUAAUGGUAAAAUAUUGUGAUAUAGUUGGAUUAAUUCAUAUAUCAGAAAUAUCCAAAAAAAAGAUACUUAAUUUAAGUAGCAUAUUUAAAAUUAAUGAUAAAAUAAAAGGAGUUAUAAUAAAUAUUGAUUAUGAUAAUAAACGAUUUUCAUUGUCUACAAAAAUAUUAGAAAGUGAGGGAAGAAAUAUUAUUGAUCACAAAAUGGAGAUAUAUGAUGAUAUUAUUAAUAUUGUAAAUAACAUUAAAAAAAGAAAUUUUAGUUCUAAAAUUAAUGAUGCAAAUAUAAAGAAUCAAUUAUUAUCUCUAAUAGACAUUUAUAAAAAUGAUGACUCAAAGGAAAAGAAACAAGUUAACGAUAUUAUACCUGAAAAAAUAAAUAAAGAUGAUGAAAUAUAUAAAAGUGAAGAAAUAUAUCAGAAUAAUAAAGUAAAUGAAAACGAGCAUACUAAAUAUAAUAAUGAAAAUAAUCAAUUAAAAGAUGACAAUAAUGAUAAUAAUUUGAAAAAAGAAAAAAUAAAAGAUGAUACUAACAGUAUUACUAAUGAAAAGGAACAAGAGGAAAAAGAGCUUUCUAUUGAUAUACAUAAUCAAAUGAUUCCUUAUUUAAUGAUAAAACAAGAAGAGAGCAAUAAAAUAGAAGAACCCGAAGAAAAAAAAGAAAUCAUUUGGAAUUUAGAAGAUGAGAAUUUUUUAAGUUCAAAUUCACCAAGUCAAAGCUCUCAAUUCUAUGAAUACCAGUGGUCUUAUUUUAAAGAAAAAAAAUGGAUUAAUUUUACUUAUUACAUUAAUAGAAUUAUGAAUUAUUAUUUUAAUAUUAAUGAUGAUUUUUUUACUUACAAAGAGAAAAACACAAUAUAUGAAAUAGAUUUUGUAAAAAGUAUCAGAAUAGAUUUAAGCACUGGGUUGUAUACUAAAAUUAGGAAAACUAUUAUAAAAUAA